GCAUUUUUUCCGCGCUGGCUGAGAUUCAAAGAGAAGUGGAGGUGGGAGGGAGCGACAAUGCAAAAAUCACAUAAAAAUUGGGACAGAGGAAGGAAGCUACAGUUACGAAGGAGAGCUGCAAAAGUUGCAGUAGAAAGGUUCGGAGUCCCGACAGGUUCCGUAGCCCACAGAAAAGAAGCAAGGGACGGCAGGACUGUUUCACACUUUUCUGCUUCUGGAAGGUGCUGGACAAAAACAUGGAACUAAUUUCCCCAACAGUGAUUAUAAUCCUGGGUUGCCUUGCUCUGUUCUUACUCCUUCAGCGGAAGAAUUUGCGUAGACCCCCGUGCAUCAAGGGCUGGAUUCCUUGGAUUGGAGUUGGAUUUGAGUUUGGGAAAGCCCCUCUAGAAUUUAUAGAGAAAGCAAGAAUCAAGUAUGGACCGAUAUUUACAGUCUUUGCUAUGGGAAACCGAAUGACCUUUGUUACUGAAGAAGAAGGAAUUAAUGUGUUUCUAAAAUCCAAAAAAGUAGACUUUGAACUAGCAGUGCAAAAUAUCGUUUAUUGUACAGCAUCAAUUCCAAAGAAUGUCUUUUUAGCACUGCAUGAAAAACUCUAUAUUAUGUUGAAAGGGAAAAUGGGGACUGUCAAUCUCCAUCAAUUUACUGGGCAACUGACUGAAGAAUUACAUGAACAACUGGAGAACUUAGGCACUCAUGGGACAAUGGACCUGAACAACUUAGUAAGACAUCUCCUUUAUCCAGUCACAGUGAAUAUGCUCUUUAAUAAAAGUUUGUUUCCCACAAACAAGAAGAAAAUCAAGGAGUUCCAUCAGUAUUUUCAAGCUUAUGAUGAAGAUUUUGAGUAUGGGUCCCAGUUGCCAGAGUGUCUUCUAAGAAACUGGUCAAAAUCCAAAAAGUGGUUCCUGGAACUGUUUGAGAAAAACAUUCCAGAUAUAAAAGCAUGUAAAUCUGCAAAAGAUAAUUCCAUGACGUUAUUGCAAGCUACGCUGGAUAUUGUAGAGACGGAAACAAGUAAGGAAAACUCACCCAAUUAUGGGCUCUUACUGCUUUGGGCUUCUCUGUCUAAUGCCGUUCCUGCUGCAUUUUGGACACUUGCAUACGUCCUUUCUCAUCCUGAUAUCCACAAGGCCAUUAUGGAAGGCAUAUCUUCUGUGUUUGGCAAAGCAGGCAAAGAUAAGAUUGAAGUGUCUGAGGAUGACCUGGAGAAACUCCUUCUAAUUAAAUGGUGUGUUUUGGAAACCAUUCGUUUAAAAGCUCCUGGUGUCAUUACUAGAAAAGUGGUGAAGCCUGUUGAAAUUUUGAAUUACAUCAUUCCUUCUGGUGACUUGUUGAUGUUGUCUCCAUUUUGGCUGCAUAGAAAUCCAAAGUAUUUUCCUGAGCCUGAAUUGUUCAAACCUGAACGUUGGAAAAAGGCAAAUUUAGAGAAGCACUCUUUCUUGGACUGCUUCAUGGCAUUUGGAAGCGGGAAGUUCCAUUGUCCUGCAAGAAAAGGUUUUUGAACAUCUCAUCUGUGCCAGGCCCUCUUCUAAGCUUCAGAGAGCACUGAGGAAGACCGACAUGGUCGCUGACUUCAUAGAAUGUACAAUCUACAUUAAAUUUAUCACAUUUCUUCAUUGGGGAUGAUUCUGUAGGGGAAACGCCAGUACCUGUUUAUGACAAAAUCUCUCUCAAUGAAUGUAGAAAUCUAUUAAAUUUUUAUAUUUAAAAAAUUGUAGUUUCUUGAAGUCAGUCCUCUUCAUUAUUUGAACAAUAAUGCCAGUCUAUAUUUGCAAUUAUUAAUUGCUCCACAGUAUCCAUUCUAUCCUUCCAUUCUUCAUGUGUUUAGAGUAUUGGUAUGAUUUUAGUAAUUUACGCUUCCCCUAAAAUAGUAUUAAUUAGUCAUAGGCAAUCAUGGAAAUUCUAUCCUCAUUUUAGACAUUAUUCUAGAAAUCUAAGCCUAAGCAAAUGGGUGCCUGGUGUUUUGCUGAGCUGCUUAGGAAGUUGAGCUAAACUGGCCAAACAGAGUGAAAGGAGAGACUUCUUCAGGAUGAGGCCCUGUUCAUCCUGUCCCACUGGAUAUGAACAAGGAAGCAUGCAGCCUCAGAUGUUACUAGCAGCAAGUUCAAGAGGAAUAAGCUGUAUGAUGGUGCAGUCUGUAGAUGGCAGAGCAGAAAUAUAGUAGGAGCCUGAAUCCCUGGAAUCUCAGUAAUAUUAUUUUGUCGCUGAAUUCGUCAGUUUUGAGGAGCUUGUCUACUUCCUGUUAUGUUAGAUAAUAAGUGUCCUUACUUUUGAAGUCAGUUUUAGUUGAGGGUUCCAUUGUUUGGAGCUGAAUACCCACCAUAUACUGACAUACCCACCAUAAAACUCCAAAGCUGAACAUUGUAAUUGAGUAUCUGUUACUUUAGGGACAUCAUAUAACACACAACAACAUUAGCAACAAAAACCCAUCGUGCUCAUCCUGCCUCUCAUAUUAUUUUCACUUUAGAGAAGCAGUUCUUAAGUCAAUAACAAAUUUUUUGUUUUUGUCACAUACCAAAUGUCAAUGUCCUAAGAAUAGCUCUUCUAAAAACAAUAGAUGCUACUUUUUUCAGGUUUCUUUAUAUCGCUAUAUCUAUCUAUCUAUCUAUCUAUCUAUCUAUCUAUACCAAUAGCAACUAAAUAAUUUAUUAUAAUCAUCCUUGACCUGGAGCUAGCAGUAUUUUAAACCAAUGACUGAAAUGUCUUGCAAUGGAGUGUGUAGUAUGGGCCAAUGGUCAAGGAUUACCUGCUGACUAUUGUUUUCAAGAGGUGCUAUUACUACCUUCCAUGAUGACAUUUGAGGCUAACAGACAUUUUUUUGAGUUUGAAAGUAAUUGGUAUAAUAAAGGGAACCAUGAUGCUGCAACUCAAUCAAUAAUAUCUUCUUUAGACAGAAACUAUGUAUUUUUAGAGUGUGCUGAGCUCUUACUCGGUGCAAGGCAGUGCUCUGGCUACCAUAGGGGCUUUGGGCAUGAGUAAGACAUGUUCUCAACCCACAUGAGAAACAACUUAGUAGGGGCAAAGUGGACAUUGAGUUAAUAAAUAACUGCAAGGAUUUCUGGUCGAGAGAUGCCAAAGCGUCACACUGAGCUUCAAGAGAAAGAAUACAUCUGGUCAAGAUGCUCUCAGAAGAUUUCCUGGGGAAAGUGGCAGAAGACCUUUUAGCUUGAGACAACAGAAUGAGCAAAGGGUUACUAAGCACAGAGGCAUGUGGCUUAAGGCCUUAUGGUUUUACUGUUAGUGGGACCAGAUUACAGUGGUGAGAAGUAAGGCUGAAAGUGUACACUGGCCCAAUUGAAAAGGCCGCUUAAUACCUGAUAUAUGAGUUUAUAUGCAGCUCACAUGGCGCUAAUAAAGAACUAAAAGGUUUUGGGCAGAAUGGAUUCGUGUGAAGCAUGACUUAGGUUAUAUGGUUAUGCUAAUAUUCUAUGUGUGAGACAUGGAGUGGUAGACUCUACCAGAUUUGGAAGAUAAUUAGAAGCGGGGGUUAGGUGAGAGGAAGGCUUUGAGGUGGACUGUGGCUUUAGAUCCAGGUGUCUGGUAGAGAUGGUGGAAAUAGAGAAAUCAGGAAUGAGGGAGAGUCUGGGAGCAAGAUCUGAAGUUUUCCUUUGAAAGUAGAGUGUGUCAAUAUAUAUAUAUCAGUUAACCAAAAUCUACCAGUUAAAUAUAAAUGUUGAAUACAUGUGACCUAUUUAAGAAACCUCAUUAAGUUUAGUUUUCUACUGUUUCUGUUUUAAAAUGUCCUUAAUUUUGUCAUAUUACUUAUUACUUAUUUUAAACAGCCAAUGCAUGAAAUGUUUUGUUUCUAAAGAGAAAUAAAAUAGCAAAUUGUUCA